CAUUAUCAAUCAGGAAAGAAAAAAAAAGAUUUGUGCGCAAAGUCUUAUAUCUCAUGCUUUGCUAGCUUGCUUGCCAGAGUGACCAGAAAGAGAAACACAGAGACCCUAAAUCUUCUGCUUCUGCUUCAUAGAAAAUCUAAAAGAGAGCUUAGUGGGAUUCAAAAGAAAAGGCAAGCAAGAUGAGGAUCAUGAUAAAAGGUGGAGUAUGGAAGAACACGGAGGAUGAAAUUCUAAAAGCGGCUGUUAUGAAAUAUGGCAAAAACCAAUGGGCUCGUAUUUCUUCUCUUCUUGUUCGUAAAUCUGCUAAGCAAUGUAAAGCUCGUUGGUAUGAGUGGCUUGAUCCUUCCAUUAAAAAGACCGAGUGGACUAGAGAAGAGGAUGAGAAAUUGCUUCAUCUUGCUAAGCUCAUGCCCACGCAGUGGAGGACGAUUGCCCCGAUUGUUGGACGUACUCCUUCACAAUGCCUUGAGCGUUACGAGAAGCUGCUUGAUGCAGCUUGUGUUAAGGACGACAACUAUGAUCCUGGUGAUGAUCCACGGAAGUUGCGUCCUGGUGAGAUUGAUCCGAACCCAGAAUCUAAGCCUGCACGUCCGGAUCCUGUUGAUAUGGAUGAGGAUGAGAAGGAGAUGCUUUCGGAAGCACGAGCUAGGUUAGCAAAUACGAAAGGUAAAAAGGCUAAAAGAAAGGCUAGGGAGAAACAGCUUGAAGAAGCGAGGAGGCUUGCUUCCUUGCAGAAAAGGAGGGAACUGAAGGCUGCUGGUAUUGAUAAUAGGCAUCGGAGAAGGAAAAGGAAGGGGAUAGACUAUAAUUCUGAAAUUCCCUUUGAGAAGAGACCUCCUCCUGGAUUUUAUGAUGUUGCUGACGAAGAUAGACCUGUGGAACAGCCUAAGUUCCCGACCACUAUUGAAGAAAUUGAAGGGAAAAAAAGGAUGGAUAUUGAAGCACAGUUAAGAAAGCAGGAUGCUGCAAAGAAUAAAAUUGCUGAAAGGCAAGAUGCCCCAUCAGCUAUUCUACAAGCAAACAAGCUGAAUGAUCCAGAAACGGUUAGGAAGAGGUCAAAAUUGAUGCUUCCUGCACCACAGAUUUCAGAUCAUGAAUUGGAGGACAUUGCGAAGAUGGGGUAUGCUAGUGAUCUUCUUGCAGGAAGCGAGGAACUCAUGGAAGGGAGCGGUGCAACACGUGCUCUUUUAGCAAACUAUGCCCAAACACCACGGCAAGGAAUGACACCUCUACGAACCCCUCAAAGAACUCCUGCUGGUAAAGGUGACGCUAUAAUGAUGGAAGCUGAAAACCUAGCACGGUUGAGGGAGUCACAAACACCAUUAUUAGGAGGAGAGAAUCCUGAUUUGCACCCUUCAGAUUUUUCUGGAGUUACCCCUAAGAAACGGGAGAUUCAGACGCCAAACCCAAUGCUGACUCCUUCUGCAACUCCUGGCGGUGUUGGUCUGACUCCCAGAAUUGGUAUGACACCAUCAAGGGACUCUUUUGGGAUCACCCCAAAAGGAACUCCCAUCAGGGAUGAACUCCAUAUAAAUGAAGAUAUGGAUAUACAUGAUACUGAAAAACUUGAGCAACGAAGACAGGCUGAUCUGAGAAGGAAUCUGCGUUCUGGUCUUGGUAAUCUUCCACAACCCAAGAAUGAAUACCAGAUAGUCAUCCAACUGCCUCCAGAAGACAAUGAAGAACCAGAGGAGAAGAUUGAAGAGGAUAUGUCUGAUAGAAUAGCGAGGGAAAAAGCUGCGGAAGAAGCCCGGCUGCAGGCAUUACUUAGGAAGAGAUCAAAAGUACUGCAAAGGGAACUCCCUCGGCCUCCUACGGCAUCAUUGGAAUUAAUUAGAGAUUCUUUGCUGAGAGCUGAUGGGGAUAAGAGUUCCUUUGUUCCUCCUACAUCAAUUGAACAGGCUGAUGAAAUGAUAAGAAAGGAGCUUUUAGCCUUACUAGAACAUGAUAAUGCAAAGUAUCCACUUGAAGAGAAGCCAAGCAAGGAGAAAAAGAAAGGCUCCAAGCACCCUUCAAAAAGAUCUGCUGCUUCUAUCCCUAUGAUAGAGGACUUUGAAGAAGAUGAGCUGAAACAAGCUGAUAAUUUGAUAAAAGUGGAAGCUCAGUACAUACGUGUAGCUAUGGGACAUGAAGAUGAAUCCCUUGAUGAAUUUAUUGAAGCACACAAAACAUGCAUAAAUGACCUCAUGUACUUCCCCACUCGCAAUGCUUAUGGUCUCUCCAGUGUUGCUGGAAACAUGGAGAAACUUGCGGCAUUGCAGAAUGAAUUUGAGAUUGUGAAAACAAGGUUAGAGGCUGAAAGGGAGAAGGCAUUAAGGCUUGAGAAGAAGGUCAAUGUUCUCACUCAAGGUUAUCAGAUACGGGCAGAAAGGCAACUUUUGCCUCCAAUUGAGGUGACCUUAAAGCAGAUGGACACCGCUGGAACAGAACUGGAGUGCUUCCAAGCUUUGCAGAGGCAAGAGCAAUUAGCAGCAUCACACAGGAUCAAUGGUCUUUGGGAGGAAGUUCAGAAGCAAAAGGAGCUAGAGCAAACUUUGCAAAGGAGAUAUGGAGAUCUUGUUGCUGAGCUAGAAAGGAUACAACAGCUCAUAAUUAAUUACAGAGCACUAGCCAUACAACAAGAAGAAAUUGCUGCAAAGAAUCGUGCCCUUGAGUUGGCCCAAGCCACAGCAAAGCAAGCUGCCAUACUGAACACUGAACUGUCUGAGCCUAUGCCUUCCGAUGAACUUGGAAGUUCUUUGCCGGUAGGUUCAUCUGAUGAAAAAGCUUCAGAUCAGCAAAUGGAUAUUGAUUCAGAGAAGGUGCACAGUGCACGGGCCACAGAUACAAGCUUGACCAACAAUGUGCCUUCUGAUCCUAUGCCUUCAGAUGAACUUGGAAGUUCUUUGCCGGUUGGUUCAUCUGAUGAAAAAGUUUCAGAUCAGCAAAUGGAUGUUGAUUCAGAGAAGGUGCACAGUGCACGGGCCACAGAUACAAGCUUUACCAACAAUGUGCCUUCUGAUGAGGUGCGGACAACACUUGUACAAGGUAGUGGCCAUGAAGCUUCUGGUACUUGUCCCUCUGGUUCAGAUAUAAAUAACCAAAAUGGAGUUCCAGUUCCAACAGGGGACUCAAUAAACAGAGGAGAUAUUAUAUCUAAAGUUGCCGUUGCAGUGGAGAAUAAGGUGAAUAAUGAUUCUGUUGGCGUGGAUGCUGGUGAUGCUGUUAUAAUUACAGAAGUUAUGAAGGACAGCUCAGCUGCCAUUGAAGGAGAGAGUAUACAAGAAAGAGUUGAUGGCUUUGCCACUGCUGAUGUGAUGCAGGUUUCCAGUGGCGGAGAUGAUAAAGUCAAUCAAUUGAAGGAUGAAGGAAAAUUGCCUGUCAUUGUUGUGGAUCUUACUAGCUCUGAAUAGGCGAGUUCAGAAUUAGAUGGGGAAAGUGUCCUGAUUGUUCAUCAAGGGAGAGAAACUGCUGAAGAACCCAUGAAAAAUACUCCUCUAUUCUUCAAUAAUUUCUGUGAAUGAAUGAAGCACGGUUCCAAGGUUAAUCUCUCAUGUUGCUGCCUGAUAAUGAUAUGAUUAUUGUUGUAGUGGUUAAUCAGGGAUGUUGGGGAGUUUUCCUGUCUUUCUUGUUUUUUACCAGAACUGGAGAUGGAAGCCCAUCAUUUCGUUCUGUUUUGAAUGACCAAAAGAACCAGGUAAAGAACUAAUCUGAUUGCAUUUUCUGUUCGGUGUAGCUGUUAUUAGGCUGAGGAACCCUUUAUUUUAAUGAAGGAUAUAUGCUGUGCUCA